AUGGACCAUUCCAGGACAGCUCGCCCUGCCCGAGUCCCUGCUGCCCCACUCCUUUGUAUCCCUGGGCCAGUGACCUUGUACUUACGAGGCCUCUGUGAGGCCAGCCCCACCUUCCUCUUUCCCAACCAUCCCAAGGCACCAGGGACAAGAGGACCAGCCUCCCACAGCCACACACUGGUGGCCAAACGCGCGGACGCGGAGCCUACCCUCCGGUUCCCCGGCAGCGCCUGCGCUCGCAGCCCCUGGACCGCCAAACCGCCGCCUAACGGUCGGCGCCCCCCGGCGUGUCGCCGAAUUCCCAAGGGGGAGGAGCUAGGAGCACACGCCCGGACUCACGUGGACGUGCCCCAUGUAAAGUGCAAAGACCAGGAGCCGCAGCCCUUGGGGGAGAGCAACGCGCAUCAGCAGUUCAAGGAGAACCGUGAGGAGGAAGCUGGUGGAGGGCCAGAUAGUGCCAGUCGCCAGCUGACAGUGCUGGAAGGGAAGUCGGGACUCUACUUCUCCUCUCUCGACUCGAGCAUCGACAUCCUACAGAAGAGAGCCCAGGAGCUGAUCGAAAACAUCAAUGAGAGCAGGCAAAAGGACCACGCACUCAUGACCAACUUCAGGAACAGCCUGAAGACCAAGGUUUCGGAUCUGACAGAGAAAUUAGAGGAGAGGAUCUAUCAGAUUUAUAAUGACCACAACAAGAUCAUCCAGGAAAAGCUCCAGGAGUUCACCCAAAAAAUGGCAAAGAUUAGCCAUUUGGAAACGGAGCUCAAACAAGUCUGCCACAGCGUGGAGACUGUGUACAAAGACCUGUGUCUCCAGCCUGAGCACAGCCUAAGACUCAGACGGCCAGACCACUCUAGAGGAAAGUCCCCACCACGUCCCAGCGACUCACAGCCCCCAGACAUGUUCGUUUCUUCUGUGGCUGAAACUACAUCUCAGGUGGUUACCAGUAAACCAGCCUGA